UAACACUAUACAGCGGUUGGUACUUGUAUAAAAGACCGGCGUAACACCACAACAGCAUUCAGUAGCUAUCCUGCAGUCAACAAGAAGUGCACGAUGAGAUUUCUGAUCGCUUUCGUCGCCAUCCUCGGCUAUGCCUCCGCCAGCGUGAUCAGCCCCUACGUGUAUGGGGUGAACGCUGGUGACGCUCAGGCUGCAGCCAUCGACGCGACAGUGGCCGCCCAGGACCACGCCCGUGCCGUCGGCGAAAGCCAGGCACGUGCCGCCGAAGCCGCUGUCCAGUUUAACAACGAGGCAGUACGUCAAGUUGCUGAAGCCAACCGAGACCUCCAUGAGAACGCUUACUGGGGAUCCGUCGCCGCCAACCAGAAUGCCGUAGCCGCCGCUCAGUCCCACGCUGCUGCCGCUAGCGGAGUCGCCGCUGCCCACGCUGGUAUCGUCGCCGCCCGUGCCGGUUACGCCGCUCCCUACGGCAUCGCCGCCCCCUACGGCAUCGCCGCCGCUCCCUACGGUUUUGCUGCUCCCUACGGCAUCGCCGCUCCCUACGCUGCCCACGGCCUCGGCUACCACGCCUGGUAAAUCGACAACGGAUCCCAAAAACGGUUAUUUCAAAAAUAGCAGUUGUCUCUAAACUGUUAUUUUUUACUUAACCGUUUUUGUCCCUUAGUCGGUUGUACCUGGCAACACUGGCGGUGUGUUUUUUAUGUCGUUAGUGUUGCAAGGUGUCAUUGGCCAAGGGUAGCAACACCACCGCUCAAAUGGAUAAAAAAACAUGCUCAAACGAACUAAGGUCUCAUAUAGUAACUCUCUUUGUAAAUAAAAGUAAAUAAAAGAUGCCAUCACUGCCAAAGUGUAAAUAAACACGUUUUUACAAAACAAAA